CCUUCGCUCUCUAUCUUCAACUUUUACACGGAACAAGCUCUCCAGCUGCAUUCUUCAAUCGCUCAACAAGCUACAAGCCCAUGCUCUCACGCUCACUCACUCUCUCGUCUUCAGCUUCUUCACCCAACAAUGUAGCAUCAUAAAGAACACUUCCAUUUCCUUCAACGUUCAGGCACAAACCUCCAUGGCUUGCCAAUGCCUUCUUCCUUUCUCUUCUUCACUAUCCAAGAUCCCUAAACCCCCAAGGCCAUUCCAUGUCUACUCCUCAAUUUCCUCCCAAAUUCACACUCCAUCCCCUGACGAUGAUGAUAAUUACAAUAAAACCAAGAAGCAACCCCAGCUCAAUCUCCUCAACCUCUCCGCAACCCUCACAAUCAUCUCCGCCUCUCUCCCCCAACCCGCUAUCGCCGCCGUACAAAAGCGCUCGUCCAAGAAAACGAAGCCGAAAAAACCUGAAGCCCUGACUCCGGAGGAGCUCAAAUCCUGGGCCCAGGGACUCCCAAUAAUAUCGAACCGCAUUCCCUACACCCAACUGUUGGAAUUCACGAGAGAGGGGAAGCUCAAGCAUGUAAUCAAGCUGAGUAGUAAUAGUUUACGGCACCGGACGGAACCGGUCCUGGUGGUUCUCGAAGAUUCUAGGGUUUUAAGGACGGUUUUGCCAUCGCUGGAUGGGAAUCAGAGGUUCUGGGAAUCCUGGGACGAAUUGAAUAUCGAUUCGCAGUGCGUCAACGCGUAUACGCCUCCGGUGAAGAAGCCGGAGCUGCCUUCCCCGUACUUGGGGUUUCUGGUGGGAGUGGCGAGUGUGCCGGAGUUCAUGUUGGGGCUGAUGAGGCCGAAGAAGGAGUCGAAGAGAGCAAUGGAGAUGAGGAGGAUUAGGGAGGAGCUGAAGAGGGAAAAGAAGGAGGACCUGGAGAGGAUGAGGACGGAGAGAGAGAUGAUGGAUACGGCGAUGAGGGUGAAGAAGAAAGAGGAGGAGAAGAGGAGGAGGAGGGAGCUGAUGAAGAAGAAGCACGAGAAGUCGUUGCUGGAGUCAAGGGAGAACUACGAGAACAUGGCCGAUAUGUGGGGCAGGUUGGCACAGGAUCCAAAUGUGUCCACUGCACUCGGAUUGGUGUUCUUCGUGAUAUUCUACUGGACGGUUGUGCUUAGUUAUAGGAAGCAGAAGAAGGAUUAUGAUGAUAGGUUGAAGAUCCAGAAGGCGGAGGCGGAGGAGAGGAAGAAGAUGAGGGAAUUGGAGAGGGAGAUGCAGGGGCUUGAGGGUGAGGGUGAGGAUGAGGAGGAGGGUGAGCAGGGGAAAGGUGAGAACAAUCCGUAUUUGAAGAUGGCUAUGCAGUUUAUGAAGUCGGGGGCUCGUGUUAGGCGAGCGCAGAAUAAGAGGCUGCCGCAGUAUUUGGAGAGAGGUGUGGAUGUUAAGUUUACAGAUGUUGCGGGGCUUGGGAAGAUACGGCUCGAGCUUGAGGAGAUUGUGAAGUUUUUCACGCACGGGGAAAUGUAUCGGAGGAGAGGAGUGAAAAUACCAGGUGGCAUACUCCUUUGUGGCCCCCCUGGUGUUGGGAAGACUUUACUGGCAAAAGCUGUGGCUGGAGAAGCAGGCGUUAACUUCUUCUCAAUUUCUGCCUCUCAGUUUGUGGAAAUAUAUGUUGGUGUCGGUGCUUCUCGUGUCCGAGCACUUUACCAAGAAGCAAGGGAAAACGCUCCAUCUGUUGUCUUCAUUGAUGAACUGGAUGCUGUUGGAAGGGAGCGUGGUCUGAUUAAGGGUUCUGGUGGACAAGAACGUGAUGCUACUCUUAAUCAGCUCCUUGUCUGCUUGGAUGGAUUUGAAGGAAGAGGGGAAGUGAUCACCAUUGCUUCCACGAAUAGACCAGAUAUUCUAGAUCCAGCCCUUGUGAGACCUGGACGGUUUGAUAGGAAAAUAUAUAUCCCUAAGCCUGGCCUUAUAGGUCGUAUUGAAAUAUUGAAGGUUCAUGCCCGUAAGAAGCCAAUGGCCGAAGAUGUGGACUAUAUGGCUGUUGCUAGUAUGACUGAUGGCAUGGUUGGUGCAGAGCUAGCCAACAUAGUUGAGGUUGCUGCUAUCAAUAUGAUCCGUGAUGGAAGGACCGAGAUUACUACUGAUGACUUGUUACAAGCUGCACAAAUAGAAGAAAGAGGAAUGCUAGAUAGAAAGGAGAGAAGCCUGGAGACAUGGAAGCAAGUGGCAAUUAAUGAAGCAGCAAUGGCUGUUGUAGCCGUGAACUUUCCUGACCUUAAGAAUAUUGAGUUUGUCACAAUAGCUCCUAGAGCUGGAAGGGAGUUGGGUUAUGUUCGAAUGAAAAUGGAUCCGAUUAAAUUUAAUGAAGGAAUGCUCACCCGGCAAUCCCUCCUGGACCAUAUAACUGUUCAACUAGCACCACGUGCUGCUGAUGAGAUUUGGUAUGGUGAGGGUCAGAUGAGUACGAUAUGGGCUGAAACAGCUGAUAAUGCUAGGUCAGAAGCUCGGACUUUUGUUCUUGGUGGCCUCUCUGAGAAACAUCAUGGAUUAUCUGAUUUCUGGGUGGCAGAACGAAUUAACGAGAUUGAUUUGGAGGCAUCACGGAUUGUCAACUUGUGUUAUGAACGUGCGAAAGAGAUUCUGCAGCAAAACCGAAAGCUUAUGGAUGCCGUGGUUGAUGAACUUGUUCAAAAGAAAAGUUUGACCAAAAAGGAGUUGUUACACCUAGUUGAGUUGCAUGGUUCCCUCAAACCAAUGCCACCAAGCAUACUUGACAUCCGGACUGCAAAGCGUAUGGAGUUACAGGAAAAGAUAAUGAAGCAAAACGAAGCAGCUGUAGGGAGCAAUUUAUGAUGAGCAAGGUAUUUAAUCAUAGAGCAACACAUGAGUCAGGCUGGUGGAUCAACGAUUUUUGAGCCAUCGCCGAUGCACAAUCUGUCUGUUGGUCUUUCGCAUGGGCAUAUUCUUCAAUGAUCGUGUGUAUUCUGCCCUAGUGAGCCUAUCCAUGGAUCAUAUACGAUUACUGCAGGCAUGCUAGAAGAACUCUCAGAGAAUUUUGACACCACACUAACUUACCUUACAAUCUUGUUCCUUUUUGAAACAUUUGUAAUUGACAUUUUUUACCCAGUUAUAUAUCUAUAUGAAUCUAAUCUUUUCCA